UUGGCACGACUGUUCGCCGUCAUUAUUGGUUUUGUGCGAAUGAUAACAUGGCCGCCGUGUAACUUGUGUUAAAAAAUAGUGAAGAAUUUAGGUGUUUUACGGAGUCUUUAAAAACAAGAUAAUUGGCGCAAUGAUUAGUUUACGAAUGUAUUAAUAUGCGUGCGUGUCAGUAAAAUUCGCGUCGGAUAGUUUUCGGUGUUUGUGACAGAUUCGAUAAUUAUUUAUUUUACAUAAGCUCUCAUCUUUGUGUCAUCGGCCGAGUUUUUUGUGUAAACUAACAGUAGUUCGAUAAAAUUAAGUCAGUAUUGAAAUGCUCUAGACAUUCGCAAUGUCUGUUUUUAUAGGAGAGAUGGCUUGCUGAUCGACAGUGACAGCUUUGGACAUUACGCCAAGGGCCGUGACAUCAGACUUCAAAAGGUAGUCGGUUAUAAUAUAUAGUAUAAAUUAAUUGCCUUUGCGAUUCGUUCGGAGCCCUGGAAGCAUUAAAAGGCACGAUCAUGGGCAAUAAUGCCACUUCGGCCAACAAAAAGGUGGACGCUGCCGAAAGCGUCAAAGAGUUUCUCGAUCAAGCCAAAGAAGAAUUUGAAGACAAAUGGAAGAAAAAUCCAACGAACACGGCGGCUUUGGACGAUUUCGAACGAAUUAAAACAUUGGGUACUGGAUCCUUUGGCAGGGUCAUGAUUGUCCAGCACAAACCGACCAAGGAAUAUUAUGCAAUGAAAAUUUUAGAUAAACAAAAGGUUGUCAAACUGAAGCAAGUCGAGCAUACCUUGAACGAAAAACGCAUUCUACAAGCCAUUAGCUUUCCUUUUCUGGUCAGCUUGAAAUUCCACUUCAAAGACAAUUCAAAUCUCUACAUGGUAUUAGAAUAUGUUCCCGGUGGAGAAAUGUUUUCCCACUUGCGAAAAGUUGGUAGGUUUAGCGAACCACAUUCACGAUUCUAUGCUGCUCAAAUAGUAUUAGCGUUUGAAUACUUACAUUAUCUAGAUUUGAUCUACCGAGAUCUUAAGCCCGAGAACUUGUUGAUCGAUUCUCAGGGCUAUUUGAAAGUCACUGAUUUUGGUUUUGCAAAACGAGUUAAGGGUCGCACUUGGACAUUGUGUGACCCUGAAUAUUUAGCCCCAGAAAUAAUUUUGAGCAAGGGGUAUAAUAAAGCGGUUGAUUGGUGGGCAUUAGGAGUCUUAGUUUACGAAAUGGCGGCUGGUUAUCCGCCGUUCUUUGCCGACCAACCGAUCCAAAUCUACGAGAAGAUUGUUUCUGGCAAAGUUCGUUUUCCUUCUCAUUUUGGCUCAGAUCUCAAGGAUCUGUUACGAAAUUUGCUGCAAGUAGAUCUGACAAAACGCUAUGGCAACUUGAAAGCGGGCGUAAACGAUAUCAAGGGGCAUAAAUGGUUUGCUUCAACUGAUUGGAUUGCAGUAUUCCAGAAGAAAAUAGAAGCACUUAUUCCUCGAUGCAAGGGUGCAGGCGACACUAGCAAUUUCGACGAUUACGAAGAGGAGGCGCUGCGUAUCUCCAGCACCGAGAAGUGCGCCAAAGAAUUUGCCGAAUUCUGAAUGCUUCAUGUUUUUGUCUUUCAUUUUGGAAAUGAGUUAAUUGCAGUUUUUAUGUUGGUCAUAUUUCUUGUGAAAAGUUGAAAGUAUUUAAAAUAAAAAGCGAAAAAGACUCUCCUCUGAGCCCCCUUUACCAAAACAAAGAGAACAUUUAUUGUGAAAAUACACACAUGCUAAUGUUUUUUCAUAAAUAGGAGUCGAAACCCCCUCUCUCGUUACAUAAAUAUAAUUGUGUGUUAAUCGCUUAUUUACAAGAGAAUCAUGAUCAUUAGUAAUAUGUAUGCACAUGUAUAUAUGUGUAUAUGAUGCGCAUAUGUGUGUAGGCAUACUGUAUAGUAAGAAAUAUUUAAACAAGAUAUAGGUAUUAAAUUACUAAAACAGUUUUAAAGUAAACAUUCACAUUUACAUGGACACGCAGACACAGAUAUACAAUUCAUUCAAAUUUAUAUGAUAAAUUUGAGUGGCAUUUACAGGUAGCUCAUAUUCAGCAUUGUUGAAUUCUUCAGUUAUAAAUUAUGCAAAAUAAUAUCGAUAUAUGAAUCAAGUUUAAUAACUAUUAAUUAAUCUUAUUUUUUAAUGUUGUUUUAAAUAUUCAGAAAGAUAUCAAUGCGGUGCAUUUAAUGUGUACUACCUGUAUAUGAGUUUUUCUUAUUAAUAUAAAUACAUUACAUCCACCUAUACAUAUAGAUAUAUAAAUGUGUAUACCAUUUUAUUUGUUGUGUAGUCGUUUUAUCAUGGAAAUCAAAAAUUGCUUUUUCAUAGUAGUGCUAGUUAUAUAAAAAAACAAAAAAUUGGUAUGAAAAUUUCUCUAGAUGGAAAAUAGUAAAGCUGUGUUCUAUCCCUUAAUAGCUUUGCAUCAACUUUCUGCAUAGUGAAUAGGGCUCCCAAUAUCAUUUUGAUAUGUAUACUGUGAUAUAUUUCCGGCAUAUAUUCAAAACUUUAUGAUCACUUUAUUUAUGUUAACAAACGAAAAUUUUAAGUAAAUUUGUAUCCUUUAAUGCAUGCCUGUAUUUCUGAACAUCGGAUAAUGCAUCAAUAUUUUAUAUUCUCGAAAACUCUGCAUCGAGUUGAUGCAAAAAAAACUAUCAUCACGGCUUUAUGUUGUAAUC